CGCCAUCGAGUUCUGCAAAGCGACUUCACCCAAUCCUGCCAACCCCCCUUUGAAGUCCACACACAGUUCAGAAGCCUCAACAAGGUCAAUGUACCCUUCCUGCAAGAUGAUGCAUUCGUUGUGUUCUGACCGCGGCAGUGCUGCCAAUCCACCAUGAGACGGUCCAUCAUCGCAGCAGCUGGAAUCGUGCAGCUCGCCGUUGCCGACUGGCAGUACAAGUCGCGCACAGAUUUGGCACCGCCUCGUCUGAAUAUCACCAUUCCAGCGGCCGACAAUGUCGAGAAAGGGUACCUUUUUGUAGCUCCUUUUGCCGGGUUUCAUGACACCGCGACGGAGCAGCAUGGCCCUCGUCAGGCCGGCCCGUACAUCUUCCGCGACAACGGAGACUUGGUCUGGUCUGGCUAUGGUAUCUACUCCAUCUGGUCGACCAACUUCCAAGCGGCAAGAUGGAAGGGCCAGGAUGUGCUCUUCAGUUUUGAGGGCGAUCACAACGCUGGAUAUGGGCAUGGGCAUGGACAUACGACCAUUAUGGACCAGCACUACGAGACUAUUCGCGAGCUGAGAGCCGGAAACCAUAAGCUCACGGAUAAGCAUGAGUUUCACGUCGUCAGUGACAACACUGCUGUGAUCCAGAUCUAUCAACCUGUCCCAUACGACUUGACUGCGUGGGGUGCCAGCGAGGAGCAGCAAUGGAUCGUCAACGCUAUCUUCCAAGAGCUCGACAUGAGUACUGGCGAGAUGCUUUUUGAAUGGGCCAGUCUGGACCACGUCACUCCAUAUGAGGCUGUACUCCCACUCAACCCAGGCCAGGCAGGCUCGGGCUACAACUCCUCGGACGCUUGGGACUACUUCCACAUCAACAGCGUCGACAAGAACACUGACGGCGACUACCUCAUCUCCGCGCGUGAUGCAUGCUCAGUCCAUAAGAUCAGCGGUUCUGAUGGCUCUAUUAUGUGGCGAUUGGACGGCAAGAACUCUUCCUUCACGCUUGGCAAGAACGUGACCUUCUGCUUCCAGCACCAUGCCCGCUUCCAUCCCGAGCUCAAAAGCGAGAAUGAAGGCGACAACAUUGAAUACAUCUCCUUGUACGAUAAUUCUGCUCAUGGUACCGAGGACGGUCGUGGCACUGAAGUCCACACCGCACCUACGAGCAGCGGCAAGAUCAUCAAACUGGACACCGAUGCGUGGACUGCUGAGCUUGUGCAAGGCUUCUACCCUCCAGAUAACCUCCGCUCCAAGUCUCAAGGCUCCACGCAGCUCCUCCCUAACGGCAACGUCAUCGUGAACUGGGGUUCCGAGGGCGCUCUCACCGAAUACGACUCUAAAGGCAAUGUACUCUUCCAUUUCUACAUGGACAGUGGCUACCUCGAUCUCGGUGUGGAGAACUACCGCGGCUUUCGCUACAACUGGACCGGCCUUCCUAACGAGGAGCCCGCCAUAGUCGCCCUGGAGAACGAUGAAGGCACCACGGUCUACGUCUCCUGGAAUGGCGACACGGAGACCAAAACUUGGCGCUUCUAUGCUGUGACCGGCAAGUACGGCGCGAAGAGCUUCCUUGGGGAGGCGCCUCGCGUUAGCUUCGAGACUGCUCUGGAGAUUCCAAAUAAGCAGGUCAUGCACGUCGUCGCCGAGGCCGUUGAUGCUAGGGGGAAGGUCUUGAGGAGCACUGGAGUGGCGAAACUAGAACCUGAGAUCUUGCCCGCGACGGCUGGGAAGAAGACGCCUACUUUCGUGGUUCAGGACGAGGGGCAGCAAGCCUGGAUGGAGCUCAAGUGAGUUCCUGGGUCUAUUUCCACUCCCACAGCAGCGGAUAUCUUCGCCCGAGGUGAGAAGUGGCGAAAAGGGAAAUGCGAGGCGGAAUCUAGAAAUUGAGAUUGGCCGCGGUAAGAAAUUGACGGCUCGUGGCAUUAUGUUGAGGAGGUUCUAUACUAGGUAUGUAGUUUUGAUAGCUUCCC